AUGGGUCGCCCGAAUUUCUGCGACAAUUGGAUUGGUACUAUGUGGGUCAACGAAAGGAUCACCUGUCCUGAUGGAACAGUGUGGCAGGUUGGUAAGAAGAUCAGUGAGAAAUCCCUCCUUGCUCCUGAUCUCAGUGAUGGUAAGCAUCCAACGGAAGCCGAAGCUCAAGCCGUCUAUCACUGCACCCAGGUACUUCCUGGUAAAUCUCCCCAACAGAGAGCUAUUAUGAAAGUUCGAAUGCAGGUUCCUCCAACCAAUAUACCUGACCUCAACCCUCUGGCCAGGACAAAAAUAGCCCAGGAGCAGCCUGCCUUCUGGACACGUUUUGAGGUGCAUGCUCUACAACAUUUCAAUAAAAAGAAAUGUAAAUCAGUACCACAGCUGCUGAAUUUGGUUGUAACAUUGCAACAUGGUUCACAUAUGCCAGUACCAAGUGGCUCCUUGGUAUUUUUGAUCAUGGAGGAGCUUCCUGGUGUGCCUUUGACUGGUUUCUGGAAGUAUGAUUGCCCUAAACGAGACAAGAUCCGAGCUUCCUUCCGAAGAAGCCUUGAGUACGUUCAUGAAUCUACAUAG